AAUGACAUCACUCUCUAUCUAUUUAACCCCAUGCCUAGGCUUCCAACCAAGCCACAACACAAUGAACCUACCUCUGCUUUUCAUAGCUCUUCUUGCUCUUCCAUCUCUGACUUUGGCCUCUCAUGGAAAAACCACUGUAAGAAAAUUUAAUUCCGAGGAAGAUGUAGCUGUGGCUCUUGCAAAAUACACAGCCAAUCUUUCCCACAAAUACAUUAAAGAGAAAGGCUCUUUCUCUGUUGUACUGUCCGGAGGAACCCUCAUUCAUACACUAAGGAAAUUAGUGGAGACUCCGUAUAAUACUACAAUAAAUUGGUCAAAAUGGGAGAUGUUUUGGGUGGAUGAGAGGGUGGUUCCCUUGGAUCACCCCUUGAGCAACUACAAAUUGGCCCUUGAUGCUUUUCUUUCUAAGGUGCCGAUCCCUCGGAGUAGCAUUUUCCCGAUUACUUACAAAAGAUCUCCGGCGGAAGUCGCCGUUGACUACGAAGUCCGCCUGAAAACACUGGUGGAGGAUAAAAUUAUCCCUCUAUCCGCCACCGGCUUCCCCAAGUUCGACUUGAUUCUGCUCGGAAUCGGGCCUGACGGCCAUAUAGCUUCGCUUUUCCCCAACCGGCCGCAGCGCUACGAGAAAAAGCGGUGGAUAACAUUCAUUACAAACUCGCCCAAGCCGCCGCCGGCGAGGAUCACCUUCACUUUUCCGGUGAUCAACUCCGCCUCCGACAUCGCAAUGGUGGUGACGGACAAGGAGGAAGCUGAAGCCGUCGCCGUCGGACUGGGGUACGCCGUUGUUUCGCCGACGCUGCCUUGCGCCGAGGUGAAGGCGAAGAAUGAAUUAACGUGGUUCUUGGACAAAGAGGCGGCUUCCAAACUGCACUGAUGUAAUUGUAUGGGUUUUCUCACGUAACCAAUUCAUAAGUCUUAAAGAACGAAUUAUGUACAUAUUUAAUAAAAGAAUUCAAAA